UCCUGAUCCAGACCCAUGUCCUGUAUCUAUGGGGUAUACGUCCGUCGUGUCUCCCCGGUUGUGUUACAAGAUAACUCCAAACGGCGGCUCCUCGUGGAGCCUGACUUCUCUGUGUCAAAGUGAAGGCGGCCGGCUGGUCGUCCUCAACAGCCAGGAGAAGCAGGAGUACAUGGCUUCACUCCAGAGGCACGAUGAUGUACCAGGAGCUCUCUGGGUUGGAAUGGAGAAACUUGUAAACAACGUGUUUACCUGGCUGGAUGGGUCUACUUACGUAUGGAAGUGGGGCUCUAACCAACCCAGUGAAGAGGCAGACCAGAUCUGUGUUAAAUCGAACCAUGGUGAAUUGUCAAACAGAAGGUGCACCCAGGAAUCCAGAGCUGUCUGUGAGAUACCUCUGUAAAUUCUAAUAUGCCCGUACACGCAAUCACAUUUACAUUUUGAACUAUUGUGAGGUACACACGUGACGUUGCGAGACAAAAACAGUCGUAUUAUUUUAAUAUUGUUAUAUUGUUGUGUGCUAUAUAUAAUUACCUUAUAACAUGUUUAGUUAGUUCAUGUUUUGUUCCUUUUGACGUGCUAUAUAGAAAGGAUCCAUUACAAAUGGUAAAACGUGUUAGUUUGUGGAAAGUUGUCUUUUUUCAAGUGUACAAAUUGGUGCACAUACAUGUUUUUCCAUUACAAAAACAUAUUUGUGUCUGAGGACGUCCAUUAAGAGAAUAUAAACUUGUUAACUUGUAGGCAUUUCCCCGAUCAUUAACGUGUGCCACACAUGAUUGUGACCGCGCUAAACACUGAAGCUCGGCUACGACAACGUUUAGGUAAACCCAUAUAUUUAAAUCAAUGAUGUGAUGAAAGGGUGUUUUACGCCACAUUCUAUGAUACUGCUGCUAUUUCAGGUAGACACAUACAAAAUCGAGUUUGAAUCGUCCAUGAGGGUAACAUUAUGUAAUAUAAGCUUAAGCAAACAAAUUAACGCUAAUGCAAGGUCCUUUCCAUCUUUUAAACUCAGGAGUGAAUAGUAUCGCGUCGAUAUUUCAACAUUAUUCAGCGUACAAUGUACAUGUUUAAUUAUAAAAAUAGUCAGUAAUUGGCAACUUACAUGCUUUUCUCGAUACAUAUGAGUCACACUUCAUUUCAUGUUAGUCAUUAGCACUGUUGCCAGAUCUAACAAACAGCUUUUUAGAGCCUUGUUUAGUAGGAUACGUAUGUCUGGAGAAGUGCUUCUAAAGGUUAGGGUGCGGCCCACCAUUUGUCGAUAUGUCACUUGCU